GUUGACAACAUGCUGCUGUUGCCGUUUCAGCAGCAUUUUGUCAUUUAUCACCAUAGUCACACCAAGGCUAGGUUUGUGUGCUACUACAUUGCGUCAGAAGACUUGGAGGCCUCGGCGUGAAUCUUAUCGCCAAGAUGACGAUUCGUGUUUCACAUACUUUCUGUUCUACAGAUACGGCUAUCAUGUCCCAGAGGAGCUCUAGCUCUGGUUCAAGCUUUGACAGCGCCGCUGGAAAGCGCUUCCCUGCUUUCGUGGUGAAGCCCAAGAUGCAGGGCGAGUCCUACAGCGUGUGCUACGCGCAGUUCUCGUUCGGCUUAGGGCUGGGUGACACCAAGGAGGAGGCGUUGGAAGACGCUGAGUAUGUGCUGGCCUACGGGCUGCACAUGGUGGCGGACGAGGCGCCCAUCCCUGAGCCCGUCGCCCUGAAGGACGCGAAGGAGCUGGCCCGGAACAGGCUCUCAAAGCUAGGUCUCCGGGAGGAGGACGUUGAGUGGGUCACAGUCGAGGUCAAGCCUGAGGCUAUCAAGGACGAAGUCUGGGACUAAGCGGGGCAAGCAAGGCGUGUACGCUCCAAGUGCCUGGAAGUGCACCAACUCGGAUGUCAAGUGCAGUCUGUGAAGGCAUAUUAAAUGAGAUGCUAGCGAGUAGAUGGGCCGGGAGCAGGAGUAAAGUGUAGUGGAUAUAUCUCAGGCCUCAAUUGGUAAUGUCGACAGUUGGUGUGUGCGAUGGGACAGGGUUUAGGCAGGUUGGCGAGGUCCCGUAGGGUGCAGCUGACGCCCACACCCCAAGCAGACGGCAAACAAUUUGCAGCGGCAGAGCAGAAGUGCAUGGCUGGUCGAACGCCGGAGUUACUGUACCGACAAGUUGCUGGCUGGCUGGAAGUUUGCUGAUGCGCAUUCCUCACGCUCCGGG